CGGGCGGGGCAGACUGUGGGCCAGGGGCCAUGCGAGCCGGAGGCUGUAGGACCUGCUGGUUAGUAGAAGUCGAGGGUCCAGCCUCUGAGGAUCAGGGCAGCCCCACAACGGGGCAGGAUGGCUGUCGGUAUGGGGGGCAGCCGGGCCCUGAGCCACAUCCGGCUGCUGAGUUGGCUGUGGCUCCUCCUGAGAGACACAUCCCCUGUGCUGGGGACUGGCCCAGCUGCCCAGGCAACAGGAAGCCCAGGACCUCUAGCUGUCCAGGAAGGGCUGAAUAGCAAGGUGGACACGGACUGCAGGAAGGUGCGCAGCCUCAACGACUCUGAGAGUUGCGUCUUUGUCCGGAACAACCCCGACUGCCAGAGCGACGGUGGCUACCUCAACUACCUCGAAGGAAUCUUCUGCCUCUUCCCCCGGGACCUCUUGCCUUUGGGGGUCACCCUCUAUGUACUCUGGCUGUUUUAUCUCUUCCUGUUCCUUGCUGUCACAGCUGAGAAGUUCUUCUGCCCCAACCUGUCAGCGAUCUCUACCACCCUGAAACUUAGCCACAAUGUGGCAGGUGUCACCUUCUUGGCUUUCGGCAAUGGUGCCCCUGAUGUCUUCAGUGCGCUGGUAGCCUUCUCCAAUGCCCGGACUGCUGGGCUGGCUGUUGGAGCACUCUUCGGUGCUGGUGUGCUGGUCACCACGGUGGUGGCUGGGGGCAUUGCCAUCAUCCGGCCUUUCAAAGCAGCCACCAGACCCUUCUUCAGAGACAUCAUUUUCUACAUGGUGGCCAUCUUCCUGACCUUCACUGUGCUCUACAUGGGCAAGGUCACUCUGGCCUGGAGCCUAGGUUACCUGGGCCUCUACGCCUUCUAUGUGUUCACCGUGGUGCUCUCCACCUGGAUAUAUCGGCGGCGUUCUGUGGUAGCGCUCUCCCACUCCCUACCUGGCACACCAGUUCUGCCAGUGGACUCUGCGGAUGAAAGCUCUUCCGUGGCCAACAGCUAUGAUUACGGGGAUGAGUACAGGCCCCAGGUGCACUCUGAGGAGUCCACAGCUCGAAUCCUGAUUCAGUCCCUCGGGCCCCUGGACUACCAGAGUUGGAAGCGGAAACCCUGCUACUGGAAGCUUUUCAAAAUCAUCAAGAUCCCAGUGGAGUUCCUGCUGCUGCUCACGGUGCCUCUUGUGGACCUGGACAAGGACGAUAGGAACUGGAAACGGCCCCUCAACUGUCUUCAUCUGUUCAUCAGCCCUGUGGUCUGUGUCAUGACUCUGCAGUCUGGAGUCUAUGGAUUCUAUGAAAUCCAGGGCAUCUUCCCCAUCUGGGGGGUCACGAUGCUGGUGGGCACCCUUCUUGGCUCCAUUACCUUCUUCGCUACCUCCAAUGACCAGCCUCCCAGGUUUCACUGGGUCUUUGCCUUCCUGGGCUUCUUUGUCAGUGCCCUUUGGAUCAAUGCGGCAGCCACUGAAGUGGUGAACAUCCUGCGCUCAUUAGGCAUCAUCUUCCAGCUCAGCAACACCGUCUUGGGCCUGACUCUGCUUGCUUGGGGGAACAGCAUUGGCGAUGUCAUCUCGGAUCUCACUCUGGCACGGCAGGGCUACCCACGGAUGGCCUUCUCGGCUUGUUUCGGGGGCAUCAUCUUUAAUAUCCUUGUAGGUGUUGGUCUGGGCUGUCUGCUGGAGGCCUACAGAAACCACGUAGAUGUGAAGCUGGAGUCUGAUGGACUGCUGGUGUGGGUCUUGGCGGGAGCCCUGGGGCUCAGCCUGCUGUUUUCCUUCAUCUCGGUGCCACUCCAAUGCUUCCAGCUGAGCAAAGUCUAUGGGUUCUGCCUGCUCCUCUUCUACAUGAGUUUCCUCACUGUGGCACUACUCACAGAGUUUGGGGUGAUUCACCUGAGAGCUGGGUGAAGGACACUAGCCAGGGGAAGGUGAAAGGGCGCUCCUCCCUCUUCUGGGUGGGAGCUGGAGGUGAACCCCCAGGGGUGGUUACUGGUGCUUCUCUCCACCAAAGAGAGAAGCAGAGAUGGAACUCCAUUCUCUGAAGUCCGAAACCCCAUGGGAUGAAGAAAAGGAUCUGGGACUGAAAAGUGGCUCCUGUGGGUUGGUGGCCAGCUAGGGGACCUGGCUGCUGUAGGAAAUUGGAAGCAACUGCCCCGGGGCAGGAUGCCCUGGCCUGAAGAAAAGGACACAAUCCCAUCCUGCUCUCCUUGUUAUUGUUAAAGCAUCAUCCGAAUCUUCAGACUGUAAGGAGUCAAACAUUUACAACUCAGGGACACCCCACCCUCACCCCCAGGUCCAGGCUCGUCUGUGGACAGGAAGUUCACACAGUUGGCGUGAGGCCUGAAGACCUGUUCUAAUUAAAGCCCUUCAGCG